GACAACUGUGAGUGGCAACACUGGCCUGUGCUGUGACACAUGAUUUCCCCAGAGAAAAGGGUAACGCUAGAAACAAGAAAAAAGUAAAAGGGGUGGGGGUUGAGGGUUAAUUAUAUGCCAGAAAAGCAAAGGGGAAAAACCAGUGAGACCCUCUUUCUCUCUCUCAUUUCCUUUGUAUACAGUAUAGUCAAUUCAGUGUUAGAUCUUUGCUUUGCUCCAAGUAAAAGGGCACCUGCAAGAAGAAGAAACAAGAGAACACCCAAAACCAGCAAAGCUCUCUUCUUUUUUGAUGAUUGAGUAGUGAAGCAGACAAAGCCUUCUCAUUGAGACCCAUUCAAAACCCACUACCUCCUACCUGUCAUAUCUUCUGAUUAGAAACCCUCCAAUGUCCAUGAAAGCUCUUCUGGGCUGGUUCCAUAGUGAAGCCAUUAGCUUUAAUUUUCCCUGAAAAUGAGGGAAAGUGGAGGUUGAUUAAAUAAAUACAGACAAAGAAGCUAAAGGGAUACCCAAGUCAUUAUCUCUGUCGCUCAUUGUCUUCCUGCUUGUGUUGGUCUUCAGAAUUCAAACCAGAAAAUGAGGAAGCAUGGAUGGCAGCUCCCUUAUCAUCCUCUUCAGGUGGUGGCUGUAGCUGUGUUUCUGGCUUUGGCCUUUGCUUUUUAUGUCUUCUUUGCUCCUUUUGUCGGGAAGAAGAUUUUCCAGUAUAUUGUGAUCGGCCUCUACACUCCUCUUAUUACAUGUGUCUUCAGCCUAUAUAUAUGGUGUGCAGCUGCUGAUCCCGCAGAUCCAGGAGUUUUUAGGUCAAAGAAAUAUCUCAAUAUUCCAGCCAAUGAAAAGCAUCCUAGAAGCAAAGAUUCUAAACUUUGUGGGGAAUCAACAUCAUCGAUGCAUGAAGCUAAUGAUGUGACAGUUGGAGGAAGACCUCUGGAUAAGGAUGCACUUGGCAAACUUGGUACUUCAAAAGCGUCCAACAGUGAUAUUGAAGUGAAGGGUGCUUCCUCAGAAAAUUCGUCUUGCUUAAUGUUGCUUUUCUCUCCAUGUGCUUAUAUCUGUGAUUGCUCCGGAUCAAGUGAAGAAUCUUCAUUGCACCACAUGAGUGAAGAAGGCAUGUUCUAUUGCAGUUUGUGUGAAGUUGAGGUUUUCAAGUACAGCAAGCACUGCAGGGUUUGUGACAAAUGUGUUGACAGUUUUGAUCAUCACUGCAGGUGGCUCAACAACUGUAUUGGAAAAAAGAAUUAUCGACAAUUUUUCACCCUUAUGGUUACUUCUCUCCUCUUGCUAAUCUUACAAUGGUCAACUGGAAUCUUUGUGCUUAUCUGCUGUAUUAUUGAGAGGAAGCACAUCUCUGUGGAUAUAUCUACAAAGUUGGGAAGCAGCUUUUCUUUGGUGCCUUUCGUCAUUGUCGUGGCAGUGUGCACCCUUUUGGCUAUGAUUGCAACCCUGCCACUUGCUCAACUUUUCUUUUUCCACAUCCUCCUUAUAAAGAAGGGAAUCAGCACAUAUGAUUACAUCAUUGCUUUAAGGGAGCAGGAGCAAGAGCAACAAGGAGUUGGGGGUCAGCACAGUCCCCAAAUGUCUCCUGCAAGCUCACUUACUGGAUUAAGCAGUGCAAGCUCCUUUACUACCUUUCACCGAAAUGCAUGGUGUACACCUCCGCGACUGUUCCUUGAAGAUCAGUUUGAUGUUGUACCCCCUGAGACUGGAUCUGUUAGCUCAUACGGAAAAAAGAUGGUGGGAGAGGAACCAACUAAGAAGAAGAAUACUGGAACGGUAAAGAUCAGUCCGUGGACUCUGGCAAGAUUAAAUGCAGAAGAGGUAUCAAAAGCUGCUGCAGAGGCCAGAAAGAAGUCUAAGAUCCUGCAGCCUGUGAGACGUGAUGCUCCUUUUCGACUGGAAAGAGACAAUAGCUUUGGCAGCAGUGGCCGCCGGAUGGUUCCAAAGCCUGACAAUAACAGAAGACGAACUACCAAGCGGGUGCGCCUCCCAGCUGACCUUCCUGUGGAGGCUUUAACAAAGGGCACAGCUAAAGCUGUUGAUAAAGGUUUUACUGAGACAUCGACUAGUUUGGCCCCUCUUCAGCUUGAAGCUCGGAGUGCUUUCCAAACAAGCCGAGCUAUGUCAAGCUCCAUAGGGAUAGCAGCUUCUUCUCCUGAGAGCAGUUUAGACUCACCUGAUAUCCAUCCCUUCCGGGUAUCCUCAUCAGGAGCAGAAGAGGCAAGGCGGCUAACAGGUCUGCCUGCCGCUAUUGCAGCUGCUCAGAAGGGAAUCCCACUGUCAAGGUCAACUAGUGAUGGUGGAUAUGACGCAUCUGGUGGAGAAGAUAGUGACAGGGUUCCUCCCAGAAAUGUUGAAAGAUCAACAGCAAACUGGAGUAGCCUUCUCUUUGGCUCUGAACAGGAUGAGAGGGUUGUCAAACAGAAAGCAGCAUCUUCUAGCCUGGCUAACAGUAGAAAGCUCUGAUCAAUUGUGUCGUAAUGAAACUUAGGUCAUUUUGAUUGGUUUCGUCGAGAGGGGCAGUUCAAUAUUCUUUCAUUUGUGGGCUGUAAUUGGCCUUGAGAUCUUAGUUUCGAGGCUUCAUGGCAAGGCAUGGCAUGCUCUGUAUAGAAAACUGUAUGAUUGUGGUUUUAACUGAAAUGCACACUUUGUAUCUUGUCUGAAAAACUUAAUUGCAGAUUCUGGUGGAUUUCACCGACUGCCUGAAUGGCAAGUUUGCUGUCACAAUA